CUGUCCCGCCUUUUUGCAAGAAAUGCAGUGUGAAAGGGCGAGAACCCCUCUUUCUUUGCAGUGAUGUUAGCUGGGAGUUGCACGGAGGGAGCCUCAGUCUAAAGGGACUGGUGACCUUUGAGGAGCUGUCCUUGCAUUUCACGGAGAAGGAAUGGGCUCAGCUGAAUCCAGGACACAGAGCUCUAUGCAAGGAGGUCAUGCGGGAGAUUGAUGAGAAGGAUCAUUUCACCCUUAAUCAAUAGCUAUGAAAGGAGAUGUCUGGGAGAUCAAGGCUGAGGGAGAACCAUCAGAAGUAUCACUGGACAAAACUGAGGAGCAGGUGCAGGAACAGAAACUGAGGAGUCAAGAUGGAGCAAAGAGACAAGAGGGGAAACCAACGCAGAUGCCAGGAGAUGAAUUUGGAACUUCUCAGCGUGGUGAAUAUAAAAUUCAACAGGAAACUGAAUUGAAGUAUGAAUGCUUGGAAUGUGAAAAGAGAUUUCAGUACAGCUCAGAUCUUACUUCCCAUCAAAGAUUGCAUACAGGAGGGAAACCAUAUAAAUGCUUAGAGUGUGGAAAGAACUUCAGUGACAGAAGCACCCUUAGUAUGCAUGAAAGAACGCAUACAGGGGACAAACCUUAUACAUGCUUGGAGUGUGGAAAGACCUUUAGUCGGAGUGGCAACCUUAGAAAACAUGAAAAAACUCAUACAGGGGACAAACCUUAUACAUGCUUGGAGUGUGGAAAGGCCUACAGUCAGAGUAGCAACCUUAGUAGACAUGAAAGAACUCAUAUAGGUGACAAACCUUAUAAAUGCUUCGAGUGUGGAAAGAGCUUCCGCGACAGUGGCAACCUUAAUUCGCAUCACAGAACUCAUACAGGGGACAAACCUCAUAAGUGCUUGGUGUGUGGAAAGACCUUUAGUCUGAGUAGCAGCCUUAGUAAACAUGAAAGAACUCAUACAGGGGACAAACCUUAUAAAUGCUUGGAGUGUGGAAAGACCUUCAGUGUGAGUAGCACCCUUAGAAACCAUGAAAAAACUCACAUAGGUGACAAACCUUAUAAAUGCUCCAAGUGUGGAAAGAGCUUCAGUCAGCGUUCCCGCCUUAUUUCACAUCAAAGGACUCAUACAGGGGACAAACCUUAUAAAUGCUUGGAGUGUGGUAAGAGUUUCCAUGACAGUAGCAACCUUACUUUGCAUCACAGAACUCAUACAGGGGAGAAAACUCAUAUUUGCUUGGAGUGUGGAAAGAGCUUUCGUCAGCAUUCCCAUCUUACUUCACAUCAAAGAACUCAUACAGGGGACAAACCUUACACAUGCUUGGAGUGUGGAAAGAGCUUCCGUCGGAGUGACACCCUUACUUUGCAUCAAAGAAGUCACACAGGGGAAAAACCUUAUAAGUGCUUAGAGUGUGGAAAGAGCUUCAGUGACAGUGGCAACCUUACUUCGCAUCACAGAACUCAUACAGGGGAGAAACCUUACAAAUGCUUGGAGUGUGGAAAGGCCUUCAGUUGGAGUAGCAACCUUACGUUGCAUCAAAGAAGUCACACGGGGGAUAAACCUUAUAGAUGCUUGGAGUGUGGAAAGACCUUCAGUCAGAAUAGCAGCUUUAGUUUGCAUCACAGAACUCAUACAGGGGAGAAAACUCAUAUUUGCUUGGAGUGUGGAAAGAGCUUUCGUCAGCGUUCCCACCUUACUUCACAUCAAAGAACUCAUACAGGGGACAAACAUUAUAAAUGCUUGGAGUGUGGAAAGAGCUUCAGUCAGCAUUGCAACCUUACUUCACAUCAUAGAACUCAUACAGGGGACAAACCUUAUAAAUGCUUGGAGUGUGGAAAGAACUUCAGACAAAGUAGCCACCUUACCUCACACCAAAGAACUCAUACAGGAGACAAACCUUAUAAAUGCAUGGAGUGUGGAAAGAGCUUUAGUCAGGGUAGUUUCCUUACUGUACAUCAGAGAAUCCAUAGAGGGAACAAACCUUAUAAAUGCUUGGAGUGCGGAAAGACCUUCAGUAGGGGUAGCAGUCUUACUUCACAUCACAGAACUCAUACAGGGGACAAACCUUACACAUGCUUGGAGUGUGGGAAGAGCUUCCGUCGGAGUGACACCCUUACUUUGCAUCAAAGAAGUCACACGGGAAAAACCUUAUAA